AUGACCAUGCCGAAAUUGGAACUGACAGCCGCGCAUCUCAUGUCAAAGUUGAUGGUCAAGACGUUCGUGCGUAAUCGGAUAGCAGAUAUACAAGCAUCAUCAUCCACUGCGAGUUGGAGACAUGUUCCAUCUACCGACAAUCCGGCGGACCUUGCAUCAAGAGGAGUGUCCCCGAAGCACUUGGCGGAGCGAAGACUAUGGUGGCAUGGACCAAGCUGGUUGAGUGAGUCCGUGAAGCAAUGGCCUGAACAAUACAUCAACGAAAGCAAUAAUUCAUCCGAAAUGGAAGAGACGUCGAUCCAGUCAAAUGUUGCAUUACUAGUCACAAAGUCUCCGGCAAUUAUCAAGUUUACGAAUCAUUCCAAGCUGGGAAAAUUGACCAGAAUAAUGGCGUAUUGUAUAAGAUACAUCAAUAUCGUUAUACAUAAACGUUCAUAUAGAAGUCCUCUCACGGCAGAGGAAAUACAACAAGCGACGAUAGUAUUGGUGAGACUGGCGCAACGGGAAUCAUUCACAGAAGAGAAACGCACCUUAUCUGCGGGUAAGGCACUGAGCAGAAGAAGUAAACUACAUAACUUAAACGCGUUUUUACAUGAAGACAAUACAUUACGCGUGGGAGGACGUUUAGGUCGAUCCGACUUCAAUUUUGACAAGAGACAACCGAUGAUACUCUCUUCAAAACAUCAUCUGACCAAGCUCGUGUUUGAAAGCGAACAUGAGCGAUUGUUGCACGCCGGACCUCAAGCACUGUUGGCGCAAGUAAAAGAACAGUACUGGCCAAUAUCAGGUAGAAAUUUAGCCCGUCAAGUGGUACAACGCUGCAUCCGAUGCUUUCGUAACAAACCCAAGACAAUCACGCCCCAGAUGGCCGACCUACAUCGCGAUCGAGUCAAUCCCGCUCCGGCUUUCUACAACACAGGAGUUGACUAUGCCGGACCAAUCAACACUAAGGACCGCAAAGGACGAGGCGGCAAGAUUUACAAAUCCUAUAUUUGUUUGUUCAUCUGUUUAACAACCAAGGCCAUCCAUUUGGAAUUGGUUUCCAAUCUCAGUACGGAGGGUUUCAUAUUGGCUCUGCGCAGGUUUGUGGCACGACGAGGUAUACCCAACAAAAUAUCAUCUGAUAAUGGUACUAACUUUGUGGGAGCGCAUUCCGAAUUAUGUCGACUUGGGGAAUUUCUCAACAAGAAUGAAAAUAAAUUAUGCGACAAGUUGAUAGCUGAAAGGAUUAAUUGGAGUUUCAUCCUGGCAUAUUCACCGCAUUUUGGAGGCAUCUGGGAGGCUGGCAUAAAAUCAACCAAAUACUACCUGAAACGAGUCAUGGGAGAUGCGUCACUAACAUUUGAAGAGUUAUACAGCUUAUUAGUGCAAAUAGAGUCCAUCCUUAAUUCGCGGCCUCUAUCACCAUUGUCAUCUCAUCCUGAUGAUUUGCUGCCUCUAACUCCUGCUCAUUUUUUGAACUUUUGGAAACGUUGGUCCAAAGAAUUCAUAUCUGAACUGCAGUGUCGCACGAAAUGGAAAACCGAUCAAGGAACACUCAAAACCGAGGACUUGGUACUUAUAAAGGAUGAUAAUCUGCCCCCACUACGUUGGCGCCUUGGCAGAGUUAUUGAGCUACAUCCUGGAAUAGACUCGGUAGCACGAGCAGCUACAGUGAAAACUGCUAAGGGAGUUAUUCGUCGUGCAACCGUCAAGUUGUGCCCUUUGCCGAUGGAAACAACGCCUAGCGAAGCAAAUCCCGGACUACACGGUGGCGAACUAAGGAUCAACGUGCUUAGUGUUUAA